CAACAUCAACAAUAAAUGAGGCUAUGUGCAAGAUGUCCUCAGUGGUAGGGUUUCCUGCAACCUGAUUGUAGCUGAAUCUCGCUGGGUUGCAAUGUGCUUAUUAUUGAGCAAGCUCCAGGCACCUAUCCAGGCAGCUCUUAGACCUGGCGUAUGGCUUCCAGGAAUAAGAGCGCUGCAUCAACGCUACGAAAGGUGGCAGUCAGGUGAAUCUCCAUAUUUCUGUUUUGACAAAGUUUUAUUUGCGCUACAGAUUAUGGAAACAUCAGAUCAAUUAGAAAUCUACAAGGUUGACAGAGAGCACCUGGCCCUUCAGAUUUUCUUCUACACAAAAAACUGCAAAUGGUUGGAUGUCGUCGAGCUGGAGUUUCAAGCAGCACCAGAAUCUGGAACCUUUGUUUCAGCAAGAUCAUUUUCUUCUGGUUUUCUUCCUGCAUGGAUUCCUUUUGCAUUCCUCCUCAAUAUGGUCUGCUGUUUCAUUCCCUUUUUUGACUUGGGAGAGAAUGAAUCAAGAUUAGAGCGAAUACGAGAGGCUGCCGAUAUUGGAAUGACAGUGAAUGAAUGGGGAUCAAAUAGCCAGCCAGUGUGAAUUCACCUUCAAUGUUGUAAAUGAAAUUUCAGAUUUUGCAUACAUAUAUAACCCUUAAAUAACCCAUUGCCUUGAUAUGAAAUUUUUUGCAUAUCUGACACUUUUGUGAAAACCAAUUGUUAGUUGAUGAAAUAAAAUUCCCACACAGAUAGUCUUUUGUAUUGUAAAGAGGGGCCAGGAAUUGUAAUUAUUGACAUUAUUUAUCUCAUAUGGUAUCAUAAAGUAAUUUUACCAUGAUAUAUUGUUAGGUUUAUUGCACUAGAAUAAUAUUGUAAAUGUGAACCCCCUUUUUGUUGGCAUUUUAGGACAUUUAUUUUUGAUGAUCAAUGCUCUCUCCUUUAGAAGGUUUCUUAUAUAAAAGUUUUUAGCAAGAUUCUUCAUGCAGAAAAGCAUAAAAUUUCUCAAAAAAAUUGUUGAAGUUUGCCAUAUUAACUUUGCAUCUUCAAUUACUUUCCAAGAACAGCAAUUUGAAUUUAAAAAGGCCCUUGAUAAAUCCACUUUUUUCAUUAUUAACAGAGCUUUGUACAUAUUCUUAUUUUUCAAUUUACUUUUCCAAGAUUUGGUGACUCAGUAAGUAGUGUCCUGUCCGCAUUUUUUCAUUGGUGCAGCUCUUUCUUAAGAAAACUGUAUUUACAAAACUGUAUUAGUUUGAAAGGAAACUUUUUACUUAUGAGUAUUUCUCUCUUCAAAGAGCUAAUUUUUUAAAUUUUUUAUUGCUGAAAACUAACUAUUGCUUAAUACUUUUCAUAUGCAGAGUUACCCGUCA